UUUUAUUAUUUAGUACAGACAUCGAAACUGUUGUGUAUUGUGCGUUAAAUUAUAAUAGCUUUGAAUUUUAUUCAUUUAGUAGUUGUUUUUAGGUUUUUUUGUCGCAGAAAUUACACGACAUUCCCGACAGCUUCGCGGGAAAUAUGGCGCAAGAAACAGGCAAAGCUGAUGCUGUGCAGUGUCCUGUAUGUUUAGGUGAUUUCGAAGCGUCCGCAAUCAACGCUCACUUGGACAAUUGCCUGUUGAACGAUGCAAAGUCUCCCACAUCAGGUACUGAUGGAGACAGCGCUUCCGAAAGCGGACCACCUCACAAAAAAUGCCGCAUUUCAAGUGUUAGCGCGUCAGAGAACAGCGAUGCCCCGGCGGGGACAGCAAACCCAGAAAGCAAAGUGCAUCGCGGUGCGCCGUCCUCGGUUUUUACUAUGUUUCAGAGGAACAAAGCUCAGAACCAGAGCGAACGUAACAAGUUUUUCUCCAGCAAGCAGACCGUCCCUUCUGCAAACAGCAUAGGUGCCAAACGCGCUGCUCUAGAGGAGAAGGAAUGUAUGUCCCCUCACCGGGUUAAGAAUGAUGGAACUGCAAUGUCGGGCUUGACCCCGACCUGUCUGCCUGCACACUCACUGUUAGAUAGUGGCAAGCCUUUAGCGGAACUAAUGCGACCCAAUACUCUCGAAGAAUAUUUUGGACAAAAUAAAAUUGUGGGAGAGAGCACUCUGAUACGAUCGCUGUUGGACUCUCAGGAAAUCCCUUCACUGAUUCUGUGGGGACCACCUGGAUGCGGAAAGACCACCCUGGCCCACAUCAUCGCCAGCCUCAGCAAGAAGAGCGGUACCGCUCGCUUCGUCAAGCUCUCCGCCACCAGCACCUCCACUAAUGAGGUGCGAGAAGUCAUCAAGCAGGCCCAGAAUGAACUACGGCUCUGCAAGAGGAAGACCAUCCUCUUCAUCGACGAGAUCCACCGCUUCAACAAGAGCCAGCAGGACACCUUCCUCCCCCACGUGGAGUGCGGGACGGUGACGCUGAUCGGGGCGACCACGGAGAACCCCUCGUUCCAGGUGAACGCGGCGCUGCUGAGCCGCUGCCGGGUGCUGGUGCUGGAGAAGCUGAGCGUGGAGGCGAUGGGCGCGAUCCUGCGACGGGCCGCCGCCGCGCUCGGGCUGCGGGUGCGGGGAGCGCCGGUCGUCGGGGGCGACGGGGACUCUGCGGAGCGCGCGAGCGGAUCUGAGCUGAGGGUGUUAAUCGAGCAGAAGGCCCUAGACACCAUCGCCUACCUGUGCGAUGGAGAUGCCCGCACUGGGCUAAACGGGCUCCAGUUGGCAGUACAGGCCCGGAUCAGUGCUGCCAGGCUGGGACAGACCAAACCCGAUGGCACCAGUCAGGACGUCCUGGUACAGGAGGACCAUAUCAAAGAGGGGCUUCAGAGGUCCCAUAUCCUUUAUGAUAAAGCAGGUGAGGAGCACUAUAACUGCAUCUCCGCCCUACACAAAUCCAUGAGGGGCUCCCAUGCUAACGCUGCCCUCUACUGGCUGGGCCGAAUGCUGGAGGGGGGAGAGGAUCCACUCUACGUGGCCCGGAGGUUGGUCCGGUUUGCAAGCGAGGAUGUGGGCCUGGCUGAUCCCGCCGCUCUUCCCCAGGCCGUGGCCGCGUUCCAGGCCUGCCACUUCAUCGGCAUGCCGGAGUGUGAGGUGAUCCUUGCACAGUGUGUGAUCUAUCUGGCCCGGGCCCCCAAAUCAGUGGAGGUGUACAAGGCGUACACCAACGUGAAGGCCUGCCUAAGAAACCAGCGAGGGCCCCUGCCCCCCGUACCCCUCCACCUCCGCAACGCCCCCACCAAGCUUAUGAAGAACCUGGGCUACGCCAAGGGGUACAAAUACAACCCCGCCUUCAGCGAGGAGGUGGAGCAGGACUACCUGCCUGAGGAGCUGAGAGAGGUGGACUUCUUCACCUGGACGCCCUCUGAUCUUUAGCCCUGUGCACCUUAGUAACCUCUAAGGUGGCCCCAUAAACCAGUUGGCCCCAUGGUUGCAAAUGUGGCCCCUGGCAGCUAUGCAUUCCCCUGUAAACCAGAGGCCCCUGUUGCAGCCUCUGUAUCUGCUGUGAGUGUUUGAAUGCAUAGCCAGUGUAACUAUUUGACGGACGUUGAAGCUUAAACUUUUUUACCCCACUAAAUUCCAGUCCUUUAUUCCAGUCCUUUAAACCAACUCCAAAAUCCAGUCCAAGCCAAAUCAACCCAGUCAGCUGAAUCCAAACCAAUUCAGUCAAUUCAAAUACCAUUCAAUUAAACCAAUCUUGUCAAUAACAUCCACUUCUCAGCAGGUGAUACAGACAAGAUCAGUGUAGUAUCGUGUCCUCCCCUUCUCAAGGCCAGCUAACUAUAGGAUCACUGUGUAGUACAGGACAUUGCACUUGAUCUUAGCCAAAAGGCUGAGAACCUGAUCUUUAAGGGCCAAAGGAGGUGAAUUUGUUCAUUGAAAUCAUUUAAAUGACAGAAAAGGCAGACUGAAAUCAAAAAGCCUGAUGCAAUCUCCAGAAUUUUCAGGGAUGCAGGCUUUGCAGAUUGUAUUACCCUCCACUGUUACGUUAUAACCGGAGACAACUUCGAUUCCUACUCAUUAAUUUAAGAUGAUGUUGAAAUCACAAAUAUGGGGUUUUUUCAUUACUCUUUUUCAAAUUGAAUACAUUAUGUUCUGUGUGAUUGUCAAAAAUGGUAUUUUCUGGCUGUACUUCAUGCUUUAUAUUAAAGAUGGAAAUGUGUGUGAAAUGUGAUUUAUCACUGUUGUUUCAGUUGUACAAUAAAAAAGAAAUUUCAUUUAAA